UAUUCAGGAACAGAAUCCACAGCUUCUACCUGACUGUCAAAGGGGAUCUUAAUACAAAAAAAGUAAUUAAGAAAACCUGCUUUCAAUAUGUUAUUGAUCACAAUAAUAAUCCUAGCUGUAACUUUUGGCAUUUCUAUGACCUCAGUUUUUUCUUAUGUAACAUGAGAGGUUGGACUUAGAUGACCCCUAACAUUCUUCCGGUUCACUUUCAUUUGUCACUUUGUAAGAGUGACACAGGAUAACAACCCUGGGAGGGAUGAGCCAUUUCAUAGAAUUCUCAGUGCGGAAACCCUCUCUGCCCAAUGGGUGAAUCCUAGGGAGUUGUUUGAGGUCCAUAGUGGUUAAGGUGAAUAGCCAAACCCAACUUAUUUCAACUCCAAGAUCACCAACCUACCCAUAAUGCCAAGGUUAGGUAAAUGGCAGGUGUUAAUUAUGCUCCUUUUAUAACUCAGGAAAACGAUAGUUUUAUUUUGUUAGAGUACUGGCAAGGAUACGGACCUUAAGGUGAAGUCCUAAAACAUCUGGAGAGAGCAUUCAUUCUAUUUUAAGGCUCUCCUUCCAUUGCCCAUCUUCUUCCCCCUUGAUUCUUCUACAUACAUGCCCCAUCUUGGUAGUGUCAAAAACAAGUAGCUUAGAGUCCAGAGCCUCCACUGUGCAUGUGGGAGUUCUGGAUUCUAGUUGAUCCCCUAUGGUUGUAGGAGAUAAACUGGAUUCGUUUGUCCCCAGACUCCCUCUUUGACCAGGUUGUAAAAAGGGGAAGGGACCAAUGGAGGUUGUGGGGCGGAGAGAAGGAAUUCCAUAAGAGUCAUUUCUCCUGGGAUGUCUGGGUAUAAAGAAUGAAUGUCAUCUUUCCUCCAGCUGAUGGCCACGGAUGCAGAUGAGGGCGACAACGGGCGUGUGUGGUAUCGCAUUCUCCAUGGUAACCAUGGAAACAACUUCCGCAUCCACGUCAGCAGCGGGCUUCUCAUGCGAGGUCCCCGACCCUUGGACCGAGAACGAAACUCUUCCCACGUGCUGGUGGUGGAGGCCUACAAUUAUGACCUAGGACCCAUGAGGAGCUCCGUCAGGGUCAUUGUCUACGUGGAAGAUGUCAAUGACGAGGUGCCAGUGUUCACCCAGCAGCAGUACAGCCGCCUGGGGCUACGGGAGACCGCAGGUAUCGGGACGUCUGUCAUUGUUGUCCGGGCCACAGACCGGGACACGGGGGACGGUGGGCUGGUGAUCUACCGCAUCCUGUCGGGCUCAGAGGGGAAAUUUGAGAUUGAUGAGAGCACGGGUCUCAUCAUCACCAUUGACUAUCUGGACUACGAGACCAAGACAAGCUACCUGAUGAACGUGUCAGCCACCGACCAGGCGCCCCCGUUCAACCAGGGCUUCUGUAGCGUCUACAUCACUCUCCUCAAUGAGCUGGAUGAAGCUGUACAGUUUUCUAACGCUUCCUAUGAAGCCGCCAUCAUGGAGAACCUGCCUUGGGGCUCUGAGGUGGUGAGGGUACAAGCGUUCUCCAUUGACAACAUCAACCCAAUAGUCUACAGAUUUGACCCUUACACCAGCCCCCAGGCCCGGGCCCUCUUCAAAAUCGAUUCAGUCACAGGCGUGAUCACUGUCAAGGGCCUGGUGGACAGGGAGAAAGGAGACUUCUAUACCCUGACCGUCGUGGCAGAUGAUGGAGGUCCCAAAGUUGAUUCUACUGUGGUCUACAUCACGGUGCUGGAUGAGAACGACAACAGCCCCCAGUUCGACCCCACCUCCGACUCAGCUGUCAGCGUACCCGAGGACUCCGCCGUGGGCCGACGGGUGGCCGUGGUCACAGCUCGAGACGCUGACAUAGGCAGCAAUGGGCAGGUGUCUUUCUACCUGGCCUCGGGGAACAUCGGUGGGGCCUUUGAAAUCCUCACCACCAAUGACUCCAUUGGUGAGGUGUUUGUGGCCAGGCCCCUGGAUAGAGAAGAACUGGACCACUAUAUUCUCAAGAUUGUGGCAAUUGAUGGUGGCUCCCCUCCAAGAAUGAAGGACCACAUCUUGCGGGUCACCAUUCUAGACGUCAACGACAAUCCUCCGGUCAUCGAGAGCCCCUUUGGGUACAACGUCAGUGUGAACGAGAACGUGGGUGGAGGCACUGCUGUGGUUCAGGUGGUAGCCACUGACAGGGAUAUUGGAAUCAAUAGUGUCCUGUCCUACUACAUCACCGGCGGAAACGAGGACAUGACCUUCCGAAUGGACCGGGUCACUGGAGAGAUCGCCACGCGGCCCUCUCCCCCAGAUCGAGAACGCCAGAGCUUCUACCACUUGGUGGUCACCGUGGAGGAUGAGGGCACCCCAACGCUCUCGGCCACCACCCAUGUCUACGUGACAGUCGUGGAUGAGAAUGACAACGCACCCAUGUUCCAACAGCCCCGCUAUGAGAUUCUGCUGGAUGAGGGCCCCGACACCCUCAACAUCAGCCUCCUCACAGUGCAGGCCCUGGACCCGGACGAGGGCCCCAAUGGCACCAUAGCCUAUUCCAUCAUUGCCGGCAACAUCAUCGACACCUUCCACAUGGACAGCGUCACGGGGGUCAUCAGUACUCGGAAGGAGCUGGAUUACGAGAUCAGCCACGGCCUCUACACCCUGAUUGUCACCGCCACUGACCAGUGCCCGAUCCUGUCUCGGCGCCUCACUUCCACUACCACGGUGCUAGUGAAUGUCAAUGACAUUAAUGACAACGUGCCCAUCUUUCCCCGGGCAUAUGAGGGACCUUUUGAUGUAACAGAAGGCCAGCCUGGGCCCAGGGUGUGGACCUUCCGGGCUCGAGAUUUGGAUUCGGGGCCCAAUGGACAAGUGGAAUACAGCAUCGUGGAUGGGGACCCUCUGGGUGAGUUUCUGAUCUCUCCUGUGGAGGGAGAGCUUCGAGUCAGGAAGGACAUUGAGCUUGACCGAGAACACAUCGCUUUCUACAACCUCACCAUCUGUGCUCGGGACAGGGGAACCCCCCCACUCAGUUCUACGAUGCUGGUGGGAAUCCGCGUGCUGGACAUCAACGACAAUGACCCGGUGUUGCUGAAUCUGCCCAUGAACAUCACCAUCAGCGAGAACAGCCCGGUGUCCAGCUUUGUGGCCCACAUUCUGGCCAGUGAUGCUGACAGCGGCCCCAAUGCCCUCCUCACCUUCAACAUUACUGCUGGCAACAGAAACAAUGCCUUCUUCAUCAACGCGACGACAGGGAUAAUCACUGUGAACCGGCCCCUGGACCGAGAAAGGAUUCCUGAGUAUAAACUGACUGUUUCUGUGAAGGACAACCCGGAAAACCCACGCAUUGCCAGAAGGGAUUUUGACCUACUGGUGAUCUCACUUGAAGAUGAAAAUGAUAACCACCCACUCUUCACCCAGAGCACCUACCAGGCAGAGGUGAUGGAGAAUUCUCCUGCAGGUGUGUACAAAGGAGACCCGACCCCUGGAAAACCCCCAGGCAGGGUGCCAGGGCUAUGGUGAUGGGAGACUGGGGAAGGGAAGGAGGGGAGGAGUAAGCUGUUUCCUGAGCACCUCAUCUGGACCUGGGCUUGUACUAGAUGGUGUAGAACAUAAGCUCCUAGCACAAUGCCCAGCACGUGGUAAUUUCUUAAUAAUUGUCUUGUUGAAUUAAAUUGAACUGUGGAAGUUUUCUAUGCAAGGGGGACAGGGACCUUGUUAGAGUCGCAAGAAUACAGGGCAAGAGUUGCCGGCCCCUUUCCUAGUGUUGCACGGGCCUCCUCCAAACGGGUCAUGGUUGGAAGGCAAUGAUGUUGCCCAAGUGCAAUGACAGCCCAUGAGGCAGUGGAAAAGAAGUCACGUGCCCAACCCCAGCAGGCUCAGCAAGGACCCCAAAGGGGGUACGAUGUUCCAGAGAAAUCACAUAUAUGAGCUCAAGUUUUAAACACUGCCCAGUCUAGCUGGGGAGAUGAGGAGGGCGCAUAACUUGAGAAAUGAUGAUGUGGCAGGCCAAGGCACCGAUGAGGAGAUGCCGAAGAGAGCCCUCUAGUGCCUUAAAGAAGGAAGAGCUGGCUGUGGUCUCAGGGAAGGAGCCUCAGAUCAGUCACCCAAGUUCUCUAGGAAAGAUUAGCCCUCCGCCUGCCCCAUUCUGCCUCUUCUGCCAACAGUGAGAGCGCGCCCCGCAUCCCUUAAUGCCAGAAUGCAGAGCUCCCUCCUUCUGAAGGAGUCUGAGGGCGUCCUCACUAAAGGCCACAAGAACAAGGGCAGGUCUCUGUUGCUCUAUUAGACUCACCAAACCUUGACAAGGGUAUGAGGGAAGGAGACUCGUCACAAGACAGGUAGUUAGUGCAGUGGACAGAGCACCCGCCCUGAAGUCAGGAGGACCAGAGUUCAAAUCCGGCCUCAGACACUUAACAUUUCCGGGCUGUGUGACCCUGGGCAAGUCACUUAACCCCUAUUUCCUCAGGGGGAAAAUAGCAAAAAGCUAUAGAAGACAGAAGCCCCAGCCAGCCACUUAACCCCAGUGCCUCAGCAAAAAAAAGAAAAAAAAAAAAGACUGGGGAUGCGGGGGACCUCUGUGACUUUACUCAAAGUCAAGAUGGACCAUGUGGCUGCGCCCCCAGGCCAGUCAUUGCCUCAUGCCCCCUCUAGGCACCGAGGCCUUGAAUAGUGGGAGCGUCUAGGUCCAGGCCUAACCAGUGGGAGUGAUUCAGAGAGAGAGCUCUGCCCCGAGGACAGCCCCUCCUUGGGCGCCCCCAGAGAUCAGACCCCCACAGUGCCUGCCCACAAACAUCUGGGAACAGUACAAGAGAUGGCCAUGUUUGUACCUGAGGUCACACGCACACACACACACGUAUGUUCACACACACAAAAUCAUACAUACAGGAACCGGCACAAACACACGUCUGUGAGCCUCACGGCUCAUGAAUGGCAUGGGCAUCCAUACCUGGCCACCCUCGGACGCCUGCGUGUCGGAGCAGGGACUCUGCAGGGAGACUCUGCUCCAAAGGCUGCAGGGAAGGCAGACCUCGGUCCUGGGCUCGGCCCUGGCCCCGGGCGGGCUUGCUCACAGUUAUGUUUUGUUUUCUCCCCCAGCAGGGCUUUGAGGCUGCUCCCCACCUGAGUUCAGUCUGCCAAGGCUACGCAGCCGCCGCUCCAUCACUUGUCUCAGCCCCUGCCCCCAGCGGGCCCUCACCCCAUCCACCUCUCAUCCAUUGUCAGCCAUGGGCCACUUGGGGAGCGGGAGGAGGGAGGGGGCAGUGGGAUUCGCCCCCUCCCCGGAGGUGACGUUGGCCCUUGUCCAUCUCUCACAGGGACACCCAUCACGGUGCUGAAUGGGCCGAUACUGGCCCUGGACGAUGACCUCGGCAUUAAUGCGGUGGUGACCUACAAACUCCUAGGGGCUCAGAGUGACCUCUUUGACAUUGACAACGCCACUGGUGAGACCUCCAUUUCCCAAGCCCCUCAGUCCCCCCAAACAUCUCCCCCAGAGCCAGAUUCUCAACAGCACGGCUGGGGAAACUGCAGACUCUGCCCUCAUAUCACGGUGACAAUCAGACUUCAUCGCCACCUCCUGUGCCUUGUGGCUGGCCCCCAGAGUCCUUCCCCUCACACGCAGUGACAGGGCCCCUCAGAGAAGAAACCAUAACGAAAAACUCACGACUCUGUGAGAGAGAGGGUGUCAUUCUCCC